UCCCCUCUCCGCCAGUCAUUUACAGAGAUUGCCAAACUCUUGUCCCGCAUAUACAUACAUUAAUUUGUAUGUAUUUUGUUUCUUAAACCCCCCAUCUCUCCCUCUUAAACCCCUGCAUUUUCCUUUUUUCCCCUCCACUCCAUGUGAGUUAAGCUCUGUCCAUCCAUUUUUAAGAUAAUCUUUUCUCUUUAUUUAUUUAUUUUUCCCAAAAAGAUUUGAUUUUUUUCAUCUUUAUAUACCCUCAUGCCCCCCUAUUAUAUUUGUGCACCACACAACCCUAAUCUCCCAUUCAGUUCUUCACAUAAACCCUAGCUUUCUUUUAUUUCAUUCUAUUUUUUUAGAUAAAGAUUGCAUUUUUAUAGCAUAAAAUGGCUCUUGCGCACCCUAAUUUCAUUGGGUCAGAAGUGGAUUCUUCUGUAAAGGUGUCUUCAGAAUCCCCAAUUAACUUGACCCAAGAUGAAUUAAAGAAAAUUGCAGCUUACAAAGCUGUCGAAUUUGUCGAAUCGGGUAUGGUUUUGGGCUUGGGUACCGGGUCGACAGCUUGUCAUGCUGUUGCCAAAAUUGGGGAGCUUUUGCAACAGGGGAAGCUCAAAAAUAUUGUGGGAAUUCCCACUUCAAAAAAGACCCAUGAACAAGCUAUUUCAGUGGGCAUUCCCCUGUCGGAUCUUGAUUCGUAUCCGGUUAUCGAUCUUGCUAUCGAUGGAGCGGAUGAGGUGGACCCGUUUUUGAAUUUGGUUAAGGGGAGAGGUGGGUCUCUGUUGAGGGAAAAAAUGGUGGAAGGUGCUUGUAAGAAAUUUGUGGUGAUUGUGGAUGAAACGAAGUUGGUUAAUUACUUAGGGGAGAGUAAAUUGGCAAUGCCGGUUGAGAUUGUGCCUUUUUGUUGGAAAUUUACUGCUCGGAGGCUUGAAUUGAUGUUUGAGGAGGCGGGUUGUGUGGCGAAGCUUAGGAAGGUUAGUGAAGAUGGCGAAAUAUACGUGACUGAUAACGGAAAUUAUAUUAUUGACUUGUAUUUAAAGAAAGAUAUUGGUGACUUGAAAGUUGCUAGUGAUGAAAUUCUGAGGCUUGCCGGUGUUGUGGAGCAUGGAAUGUUUCUUGAUAUGGCUACUACGUUGAUUGUGGCUGGCAAGCUUGGCGUUACCGUGAGGAAUAAGUAGUUUACUCAAAGAUGGAGGUAGUUUAUAUGUACCAUUUCAUAGCUAAUAGACUUAUAUGUGUAGGAGAUUGAAAUGUUUUAGUGGAUGAGUGGGAUGGGAGUUCUGAUUAGCUAUACGUUUUAAUAUUGGCAUGCUGAGGACAGAGGAUGUGCAUCGACAUAUUUGUUGGUGUUAUUCCUUUUUGCUUUAAAUUUUGGAUUGUGUUGAUCUCAAUUCUUUACUGUGGAGAUUGUUCUUCUCAUAAUUAUGAGAAGAGCCAUUUUACAUGCUUGUGAUUGUACUUCGGAGAACUGAUUCUUAUUCUUAUCAAGCUCAAUGUUCAGAUUGGAUUAGUUAGA